GUAGAGAGAUUAACCCUCUGGUUCACUGCGAAUUACCUGCAAAUAAACGCUACUAAAUCUCAGACGAUGAGACUGGGGAAAUCUCAGUACCCAUACAAUAUUUUUAUUGGUGACAAGUCCAUCGAAAUUACACCAACUCUCAAGAUUCUUGGUGUUACAUUGGAUCGGGAUUUGUCUUUCAAGCCCCACGUUGCAAUCAUGCUGAAAAAAGCGUGUGCUAAGAUACCCACACUACGGAUGAUUAGGAGCUUAGUUACUUCAGAGGUUAUGAUUUCUCUUUAUAAAGCCUACGUGCUACCGCAUUUAGAAUACUGUUGCCCACCACUUCUAGGCAUAUCUAAAGUCUUGAAAAAUAACAUCGAACGUACAAAUCAUUAUGCCAGCAAGACAUUACUGAAUCUA